CAGAGGGCGAAGGGCGGCCUUGAGGCUCAACCUCACACUACUGAUGUCUUGGGCACCACUUGAGCCUGGCUCCUGGGGUGUCGGAUUUGACGGCCUUGGGGUACCAGUGAAAUGGUUUGAGAUGCCUCACACCUGCCUUCGUGUACCCCAACUGCUUAGGGGUGCUCCAUACCUACUUAGGAGUGCACCAUGUCAGUCUUGGGGUACACCAUAACUGCCUCAAGGUGCCCUACACCUGUUUUAGGGUGCACCACACCUGUCUUUAGGCUCCCCACAUCUUCCUUGGGGUACCUCACAUUGCCUUUGGGUUCCUCAUACCUGCUUUGGGGUACUCCACAUCUGUCUUGAGGUGCCUCACAUCUGCCUUGAUGUGCCUCAUACCUGCCUUGGAGGGUUUCCUACACUUUCCUUGUGGUGCACCAGUUCUGCCUCAGAUUAACCAGGACCUUUUUCAAAGCAACUAGGUCCUGAUUCUGGAGAGGCAAAAACUAGCUUUGGCUGGCCAGGACCUAAUUCGUGAUGGGAAUAAACCACCUAGCAUGGCCAGGACCAGCCUCCAAACAAGGAAUUACCUCCUGAUGGCCAGGAACUACUUUUGAAUGGAUAUGAACUGCCUAUUGAUUACAGUACCUACUUCAGUACUUGUCCUAGGCCUUAGGCCAUCUAAGGGGCUUGACAGGCCUUAGUACAAGCUUCUUGCUCUUGACAGUGGGAAUUAUAUGUCUUUGGAUGGCCAGAGCCUGCUUCAAGAUAGUCAUUACUUGCUUUGGGCUGCCUGGUUCUACUACUUUUCUUCCAAGUGCAGAAACACCUGCCUCGAUAUGCUCAGGUUCUAUAUUGAGACUGCAUCAAGAACUUGAGGAAAAGCUGAGCAGCACACAAGUAUUUUUACCGAACUAGGACUUUUUACCGGCAGAAUUGAUCCAGAGCUUCUAGGGUCAUGCUCCACAAUGGAUAUCCCACUUGAUCUUAAGCUCUUUAUGAAUAAUGCCUCCACGAAAGUCUACAAGUGCGAGCAGUGCAAUGCCUCGUACUCGGAUAAGGCAUACUUUGAGAUGCACAAGCAGACGCAUCAAAAGGGAGAGUUACCUACUGUCCAGAUUGUUAUGACUGCAGCACCACAAACCCCAACACCCCAGCCAGCCCCAGCUCAUCAACACCAGCAUCAGCAGCAGCAGCAGCAGCAGCAGCAGCAGCAGCAACAACAACAGCAGCAGCAGCAGCAGCAGCAGCAGCAGCAGCAGCAGCAGCAACAGCAACAACAGCAGCAACAUCAACAACAGCAACAACAACAACAGCAGCAGCAACAACAACAGCAACAACAGCAGCAACAACAACAGCAGCAGCAGCAGCAACAACAGCAGCAGCAACAGCAGCAGCAACAACAACAACAACAGCAACAACAGCAACAAAUAAUUCACCAAGACCCUCAAUUGACUGCGUACAAGAGAGCCUAUGGUGGAGAACUUCACCAGAUAUAUGAAGUUGCCCCUUCUACUAGGUAUCAGGUAGUAACUACAGCCCCUCAUGCCAUUAAUGCUGCAAAUAUAACAGCCAUACAAGCACAGGUCAACGUUCCCACGUACACUGCCUCAAGUUAUGUUUUGACUGCAGCACCCGAACAGCCACACAGAACUGUUGCCACAAUUCAUCACCACCACCACCAGCAACCUCAAGAACAUGCACAACAACAACAACAACAACAGCAACAACAACAACAACAGCAACAGCAGCAGCACCCACAGGAGCCACAACAGCAACGACUUGUAAUAGCGCUAGAUACCAAAGAUCGACCGUACAAGUGUGACCAGUGCACUGCAUCAUUUAUUGAUCCAACUGAAUUAAAUGAGCAUAAAAAGAAACACAGUGGGGAUGGUCCUUUUACUUGUGAAGACUGUCAUUUCACAUUUAUGUAUAAAAGCCAUUUUAGAAGUCAUAAGACACGGUGCCAGAAAAAGCGUGCAAUGAUGCCCAACCCACCAAAACCAAUCAUAAUGCCAGCUCCUAUAAAACGACAAUUCCCCACACAUCAACAACUAAACUCAAAACAGCAGCACCAGCACCCGCAACAGCAGCAGCAACAACAGCAACAUCAACCACAAAGCAACAACAGACCUGCAGCUAAAAAUACGGCACAGCACAAUAAACAGCAGAACAAUACUAGCAAUAUUCCUUUCAAUCCAAGCAAUCCGACUUUUAAGAGACAAAAGAAAGAACAGCGGCAGGACCGACCUUUUGAAUGCCAUGAGUGUGAUGCUUCAUUCCAGACUGUUCAAGAUUUACAGACACAUAAAGCCAAACACACUGGAGAGGGACCAUUCAAAUGUGAAGAAUGCCGGUUUGUGUUUUUGUAUCGUAAAUUAUACGAGGCGCAUCGUAGACGCUGUGAUAAGAAGCGUAAGGCACCGCACCUAUCAGUUAAAAAUGUUACAAUAGCACAGUCCCAGCAAGUACAACAGCAAUAUCAGCAGCAAGAGCAACAGCAGCAAGUUAUUCAUCACACACAGCCACAGCAUGUGCAGAUACACACAGGACGAACUGUAACUGCAGUGCCGUCAUCGGGCUCAACCGUGCAACUUACUGGACCCAUCCAAAUACACACAGCUGUUCCUAAUCAGCACCAGACUGCUGUUAUUGAUAUGAGAGCAGUACAGACCCAGCAGCAUCAACAACAGGUGCAACAAGUUCAACACAUUCAGCAUCCAGCAUUGCUUGAGCAGGUCAUCCACGUUUCCCAGGUCCCCACGAAUAUUGGCGGUGGACGGCAGGAAAUUAAAUACGACCUGGUGCCUGCCACCGUUGAUGUGGGGGAUAUGAAUCAGAUUAUGAACCUCAUUAAGGUUAAGGGACAUCCUCAGUAGAAUUGAGUCCUUUACAGUUACAUGCAGGGUUGGCAUCCUCUGGAUAAUGUUGCCCACAGCAGCCCCACUGCCUUCAUCUCCCAUACCUGUGGAGUCAGUUGUCAAGAGAGGAUCUAACCUUGUCAGUGAUUAAGCUCUGGGCAUUAUCGUGAGGUCAGUACUGUGUCAAUAGUAAUUAAAUCUAUUCUCAAUUUUUUUUAUACAUGAAGUACAAGCUAAAUUUUGAAGUGCCAAUAGUCUGUAAUGACUUGGAUUCUGCCUUGGUAUAGUUCCAAGCUCUCACUUAUGAUAGCAUUUCUUAUUUAGCUGGGUUAGUACCAGGCUAGACCAAGAGUGAUAUAUGCAAUGAAUGUGUACUCUCUUUUAUUUUAAGAGUUGUCGUGCAAAACCGCAGUAACUUGUGAGGUUCAGCAUUUUAAGCUGAACGUUUCCUAAGGUUUACAUAUUUAUGAAAUGUGAAGACAUGUGUGUACUGUAUACACACACACACACACACACACAUAUAUAUAUAUGUAUAUAUAUAUGUGUU